AUGGCCAGUCUUCCCCCAUUGACCCCUCUUCCAACGCCUCGAUUGACCACGCCGAUACCGGGACUUUCUCUCCUGCUACCUUUAUCUCGCCUUGGCACAGGUCCAGGUAUAAUACUGCUAGUUCCAGACGCCAGCAGCUCCCAAAUUAAACUCAAGAUUGCAGAUGGAGUGCCUUCUCCUCUUCUAAAAUGGGCGGAGGAGGGAUAUACCGUGGUGGAGAUCGAACAAAGCGCGCUGGAAACCAAUCCUCAGGAGGUGCUCAAACAAGCAAUUGAAUGCAUUGUGCAUUGUGAUCGUUGCGAGCCAAAGAAUUCUAUUGGUCUCGUAGCGUACGAGAUGAGCUUAUGGAGCCAAGCCGCAACGGCAGUCAAUUCCAUCGAGGCAAUCAAGGCUAUCGUGGUAUAUAGCAAUGCUUCCGACGUCACGACGCUUGCACCCUCAUGUUGGCCCGUUGUACAUCAUAUUGCGGGCAAAGCAGGCUGCGAACUUCAACGUACCAAGGAACUCAUGCAAUAUGAAUAUGCCACGGUCCAAUCCACAUCUUUCGCGCUUCCCUUCCAGCCAGAGUUCCAUUACCUUACCGACGCCAUUGCCCACACCCGUAAUCUGACGCAUUUGAAACGGCAUAUGGGUGGCCCUUACUUCGAUCUAGAGCAGAUCUGGGACGAGCACACUUCCUACGAGUUUGAGAACCGCUCUGUUGAGCACACUAUGGCAACUAUGGUACAGGAGCCAUAUGUGAACCAUAUUCCCACGUUAACGGGAGGAAUCGGGCGCGAGGCCCUCACCACUUUCUAUCGUGACCAUUUCAUCUGGAGUAACCCUGAAGACACUGAGAUGGAGUUGAUCAGCCGGACGAUUGGAAUAGACCGCGUUGUGGACGAGUUUAUCUACAAGUUCACGCAUACGAAGGAGGUCGAUUGGAUCCUGCCCGGGAUGCCUCCAACUGGCCGAGCACUCCGUAUUCCCUUCACAGCCAUUGUCAAUAUCCGCGGUGAUCGGUUGUACCAUGAACAUAUCGCGUGGGAUCAAGGAACAGUGCUCAGGCAGUUGGGCAUCCUGCCCGACUAUCUACCCUCUCCGUUCUCAAUUCCGGGUAGUCUUAACCGACAGGAGUGGCAAGUCCCAGUCUCCGGGUUGGAAGCAGCGCAGAAGAUGAUCGACAGAAACAGUGUUCCUUCAAAUGGCAUGUUUGCUUACCAUCUGCGAGAUAUUGAGAAAAAUAGCUAG